GGCUAUUAUUAUCGAGAUGAUGCAGCAGAAACUGAAACCCACAAGGGCGUCAUACAACUGAUCACAUGAGCAAGAGAGAGCGAACUUAUUGGUCGUUCAUUGUUACGGAUUCAGGCAAAAAUAUCGGGGUGGCACAGGGCUGACCAUAUUGGCACGACGAAGGCGAGAUUGGCAAAGUCAAGGCAAUUUUCGGAACUCAUUUUUAAGGUAAAUCUUUUCUUUCUUUUACGUUUUUUGAAAGCUUUAAAUAUUCUACCCAAAUAGAAAGGUUGUAAUCUGUUCAGGAAACUUUUUAAUUCGGGGAUGCAAAGCUGUAAAUAUCGUUGCGCUCGACUGGGUUGUCGCUCGUUCUUGCCUGCCAGUGUUGUUCUGAUAGAGCUCAAUUAGUAUUCAAAGCUACUAACUGUGUGCUCAAGGGAUGCAACGAAAAAUUGCACUUUAAGUCAUGCUUCAUCGAUUUGAAAGAUGAGGACAUUUGCUUGGUUUGCUUGUCGAAAUCUAUAGCCGGAGGAAGGUUGCUUUCCUUCCAAAUUUUCGACAUGGAUUCUCUCACGCUCGUUGCAAAAUAGUUAUUCUUCGAUCAUAAAGCUUUACAGAGAAUGUUGCGACAAAGUUAAAUAAAAAUCGCUUUGUCAGUUUAUCGCAUGAAUACUUUGUAGCGGCGGAAGGCUAAGCUCAUGUCACACUGUUACAGCUGUGUUUUUCAACCUAAUGCCUUAUUGAUUCGUGCUCAGAUAUUUGUUUAGAGAGUGUACAGGAUUUGAGACAAUUAUCUGUUGUCAUGUAUGUCUUCUUGUCUGGAUGAACUAGCCAUCAAUUAAUUUCCAGAGACAAAAUUCAGUUUUAGUGAAGCCGUAAUUACGAGCGACCAUUAAAAAAAAACAUCUCACAGUAUCACUAAAUUGGCAAAUCAAAUUAUCUGAAAUGACGUUGUAAUAACUGUUUGGUAGACACUGAGGAUAAUUUAUUUUGUGAUGUAAGGAGUGAAAAUGUAGAAUUAUUUUUGGACUUGCCUAGUAGGCCCUCAGAGGAUUGUCUGUUCCAGUUGUCGAAUUUUAUCCUCUUUAUAGGAUAUCAUCAUGGUAUCAUAUGCAUCAGAAUCAGUCCUUGAGAGCUGCCCAGCUUUUAAAGAUGGCUGUCCUUAUUCUAAGAUUACGCAAGACCUUUUUGUGGAAGAAAUCAAGAAAUGCCCUGAGUUCAAACAAGGGUGCCCCUUUAAGAACACAGACAAUGUAAAGGAUAUCCUGAAAGAACUUUCCAAGAUGCCAGAGAUAAAACAUCACUCAGGAUCAACACAUGAACAUCUACUUCACAUGCUGAAAGCCAUUCACACAGAGUCUAAAAAGCUGGAAGAGAAGGUUGGAGAGUGUCCUGCAUUCAAGACAGAGGAAGGUUGUCCUUUCAAAGAUGCCAGCAAGGAAGGAAAACCUUUGAUAGACCCACCAGCAGCUGUGUUAGAAGGUUUUACUGCCUCUGAUGUCAGUAAACUGAAGGAGAAGUGUCCUGCUUUCAAAGAAGGGUGUCCAUUUGCCAACAUAGAUAAUGAAGCUCUUUUGGAAAAAAUUAAGAAAUGCCCUGAGUUUGAAGAAGGAUGUGCCUUCAAAGAAGCCAAAACAAUCGAAGAGAUCUACAAUAAGCUGUCACAGAUGCCAAGCAGUGACAAGGACUGCCACCAUAAAGAAGCUCUGAUGGAGACCAUGAAAGUCAUUCACAGUGUUGGCCAUGAGAAAGCUGACAAGUGUCCAAUCCUUCUGAAGGAUGGUUGUCCAUUCAAAUCUGUUGAGAGUGAAGGAAAGCCACUUUUCAGUCCAGCAGAAUCUGUAUUGCCCUCAGAGUCUGAGUCAGAAGAGCCUUCUACCCAUUUUGUUAACCUCAAGGAUUUAAAAGAAACUUGCCCAGCAUUUGCAUCUGGAUGUCCAUUUGCAAAAGUUGGUGACAAACAGUUGGAUGAAGAGCUGAAACAGUGUCCUGAAUUCAAAGAUGGAUGCCCUCAUAAGGACAGUGAAACUAUUGGAGAUAUUUACAAAAAGCUUGCCAGUCUUCCAUCCUUCUCUGUGCAGGGAUCACAUGGUGCUAAGCUCGUAGAAAUUUUCAGGUACAUACAUGAAGUGUCCAAUGGACUGAAAGAGGAAAUGGGUGAGUGUCCCAUGUUUGCAACAGUGGAAGGAUGUCCAUUCAAGACUAUCUGCAGUGACGGCAAACCACUGGUUGACAAGCUGGAUGGUCAACGUUGGACCAAGAUUUUCCAGAGUUCAAUUGAUGACAUCAAAGAAGAUGUCAAUAAAGAAAUUGAGGAAACAGAACCAUCUAUUCAUCUGUCAAAGGAGUUGAAGAAAGGCACCAAAGUUAUCCACAGAGAAGCAGAAAAUAUUCACUUUGUAAAGGAGUUUGCCAAGGGAAGGAUUGAGAGACAGUGGUAUAAAGAACUUUUGGCUGAUCUUUACUUUGUGUACAGGUAAGUUCUAUACCUAUAUAUAUAAACCUGUUGUAAUUACGGCUGCUACAUUUUCUCAGGACACUCUACUUUCCACCCAACCUCUCCCCUCUUAAUUCCUAUCUAGGAUAGAAACAUCAAUGUGGGGUUGUUGUGAUCCUGCCUAUUGUCAUUCCGCAAUGAAGAUUGAAUUUUUCUUUAAUUGCCUAGUGUUGACUGCUGUGUAUGGCAGCCAUUGUUAUUUUCAUCUCAAAAUUUAAUAAAUUGUAGAAGACUAACAUUAAUGAACAGGGAAACAUACAGAAAAAAAAUUUAGAAAUUUCAAUCCAUCUUGUAAAAGUGCAGAUCAAAAUAACAAUAUCUAGAGAUAUAUUGUGAGCCCAAACCUCUACUGCAUGCCAUAGAGUCAUAGCAAAUCAUUUAAUAGGUGUUUGCAAGGGAUUUCAUUUGCAGAAUUUUACUUAGUAGGCAGACAACCCUAAGACUGAGGUACAAUGCCAAUUGUAUCACUGCUAAUUACCCACUCCCCCUUUCUAUUUCAGAGCACUUGAAGAAGAGAGUGAGAGACAUAAAGAUCAUGAUCUGUUCAAAGCAGUGCAUUUUCCUAAAGAGCUUGGUCGUUUGCAGUCCUUGGAAGAAGAUAUGGAGUUUUAUUUUGGUGAGGAAUGGAAGGAGCAAGUUCCAAUGUCUGCAGCUACAAAAGCCUAUGUUGACAGAAUCCAUGAAGUAGCUGACAAGGAUCCAGCUCUGUUGAUAGCUCACCAUUACACCAGGUACCUGGGGGAUUUGUCAGGUGGACAAAUUUUAAGAAAAAUGGCCACUAAAGCUAUGGAUCUCCCAAGUACUGGAGAAGGAGUGCACUUUUAUGUCUUUGAUAACAUUCCUGAUGCUAAGAAGUUUAAGAACAAGUACAGAUCCUGCCUUGAUGAACUCAGCAUUGACAAAGUGAAAUCAGAUGAGAUUGUUAAAGAAGCAAAUUAUGUUUUCCUGCUCAACAUUCAUUUGUUUCAAGAGAUAGAUGAUAUGGCUGGAUUUGAAGAUCAGGUUACCAAGAAGAAAAAGAAGCUGACAGUUGAAGAGGUUUACAGUAGCAUUGACACCAGUAAAGAUCAGGCUCAUGGGGUGUGUCCAUUUGCAGUCAUGGCCAAAAAACCUGCACAAGGAAACACAACAGCUCCAAGAAGUGAAGGAAGGAAUGUUCAUCCAGUGCUUCUGGCGGUAAUUAUUGCAAUUGCAGCCAUUCUGCUAGGGCUGGUGUUCACCAAAAUAAUGUGAAACAGUACAAUGUUGUGUUGCUUGUAUUGAAAACAGUGCUUUCAAAACAAAUUUAUAUGACAAUAGAAAAACAUUUUGAUCCUUGAUUUAAUUCAGAUUAACAGUUUUAAUAUUACAGUUAUUAUUAAAUGAGAGUACAAGAUGAAGGUGUUCCUUAGUGUGGAGGUUUGAGUGGAGAAUACAGGUGAUCUCAAGUGAGGAAUUGAAGGUAUCAAAGAACUAGUUUUUUGUUUUUGGUAUUUUCAAAUUUAUAAUUUUUGACCAUCAUGGCUAACUUUCAGUAGAAGUAAUUGAAGCAUCCAACUCAAAAAUAAUUUUUGAAUAUGCACAGUGAACUUGAUGUUGCCAGAAUAGGACACUGUCAUGAAAAAAAGUUAUUUUAGUGAAAGUAAGACAAUGAAUGAAGGCAUCAAUAAAGAAACUGGAUGACGAUUUUUUUAUGAGGACUUAAAAGAAGCAGAUGAUCCUAAGGGGUUAUCAACCCUACUGCUGAAACUCUAGUAAAGACAAGUACAUUUAGAUUCAGAAUUUUGGGUAAUGAUGAUGCAGUAUCAUUUUUCUACAAUUUAUAAUUCCUUUACAUGUUUAUGGGAGCUAUUAAAUUUAGAGUGAUAGUUUAAUGUGCAGCUCUCAUAUUAUUUUGAAGAAUAGUCCUGACAUUUGAAACAAUUUAUAUAUAUUUAUAUAACGAUUUAAUGAAUAUGCUAAUCAGUUAAUAUAUAGUCAGAAAUAUGCAUUGGAAGUUAUUUCAAAUCAAUUAAAAUUAUGUCGCAUAGAAAUUGUGGAUUCUUCUUUUGUACUGUUUCCUGGUGAAGGAAAUGUUUUUCCCGAUGAACCCAUUACACCCUGAGAUCAGUAUCAAUAUUCUCCAUACCCCUCUCUAUACAUUUCUUUUAUUUCCUUCAUUCCCAUGAUUCAAUAGAAUUACUGUAGGGAGAAAUUAUAUGCUGGUCACUCUCAGGGUUAAAAGGGCCUUGAACCAAUUUUCAUCUGUACCAGUGAUUAAAUUGUGAACCACGAUGGAAAGUUAACUUUAAAUGUGAUGACCAUAACAAAACUUUGUAUCUCAAAGAAUACUGGAUUUUCACCGGUAUCUUAUAAAAUACUCGCGUUGAACAAGAAUAUAUUUCAUGGUUCAGUAGAUUUUAUGCAAUUUAACUUUUUUCUCUUAUUAAUUUCAAAUGAAACUUCUAGAGACUGAAUAGUAUCACUCAACAAGGGUGAAGUCAAAGCUGUUAAGUACUUUAAGCUUGGAUUAGAAUAAAUGAGCUUGACAUCCGC